AUGCCGUCGAAGGAGCCACUAGCGUCGUCAAAGUCGUGGAACAAGCGACCCAGUAAACCUUCCGCCGCUGAUCUUAACUCUGCACCCCCCAAAAAAGCCAGAAAGCUCCCAGACAGCUGGUCUGAAGCCCCGGAGUCCAAGGUCCAGCGUUCAUCUUCUGCAACAAAACAUACAGGCAUAAAGGAGGCCUACAUCUUGUCUUUAAGCAAGGAGAAGAAAAGAACAGUCGUGUCCGUCGUUCUGAGCCAGGAACAGAUGCGGAUCCUCAAAUUGGUUGAAGAUGGAGAAAGUGUGUUUUACACGGGUAGUGCCGGUACCGGGAAAUCCGUGCUCCUACGCGAAAUCAUCAAAACGUUGAAGAAGAAAUGGCCUAAGUCUUCCGAUGCUAUUGCUAUCACCGCUUCCACAGGUAAGGUCGCCAAGUGUAUAGAUUCAAUGCUGCUUACACCGCCAUACAGGUAUCGCGGCUUGCAAUAUCGGAGGCGUUACGAUCCAUUCCUUCUCUGGUAUCGGUCUUGGUACAGAUUCCGCAGACGUACUAGUCAAUAA